AAUUGUGUAUUUCAUGAAUAUUUUCUUUCCUAAUUCCUACGUUGAAUGUACUACAUCUUAUAAAAAAGAUGUCGUCUAAAGUAUCUCGUGAUACACUCUACGAGUGUGUAAAUGCAGUUCUCCAGUCGUCAAAGGAUAAGAAAAGGAAUUUUCUGGAGACCGUUGAAUUGCAAAUUGGUCUGAAGAACUAUGACCCACAGAAGGACAAACGUUUCUCCGGCACCGUCAAGCUAAAGUACAUCCCAAGGCCUAAGAUGCAGGUAUGUGUGCUGGGUGAUCAGCAGCACUGUGACGAGGCUAAACAACUUGAGGUGUCAUGCAUGGACGCUGAGGCACUCAAGAAGUUGAACAAGAACAAGAAACUGGUUAAGAAGCUGGCAAAGAAGUAUGAUGCAUUCCUUGCAUCAGAGUCAUUGAUCAAACAGAUCCCUCGUCUCUUGGGACCGGGUCUAAACAAAGCUGGCAAGUUUCCUGGGUUGCUCUCACAUCAGGAAUCUAUGACUCAGAAGAUUGAUGAAGUUAAAGCAACUAUUAAGUUUCAGAUGAAGAAGGUGUUAUGUCUCUCUGUUGCCGUGGGCCAUGUUGAUAUGACUCCAGAUGAGCUUGCACAGAAUGUGCAUCUUUCCAUCAACUUCCUUGUGUCACUACUGAAGAAACACUGGCAGAAUGUGCGCUCACUACACAUGAAGUCCACUAUGGGACCACCUCAGAGAUUGUACUAAUCUUUUUAUAAAUAAAUAUUGACAUCUAA